CCGCACCGUGCCCUGAGCUGUGCUCUGUCCCAUCCGCACCGUGCUGCCUGGGGCUGGAUGCUGGCUGUCCCCGCUCCAGCUGUACUUUGUCACACGGGCACUGCGGCCACGGAGUCCCAAGGCCGACGGGAGGAGGGCAGGGGAGAAGACAGGAGCGCUUUCCACCUUGAGCCCUGCACCAAGGCUGAGGCUCCCAUCCCUCCCUGCAAGCAUCCACCAUGAGAAGACCCGCAGGAGCCCGCUGCUGCCCCCCAGCCCUGACGCUGUGCUCGGGACGCUGUGCCCGCAGCACCGGGCUGCUCCUCGCCCUGCUCGCCGUGCUGCUGCUGCUCCUGCCGCUGCCCGCACAGCGCAGCCUGUGGCUCCAGCUCUCCAGGACUCCUGUCCACCAUAGAUCCACAACCACAGCAGCCCCGCAGCAGGUGACACAGGCAGCACAGCCAUCCCCUGUCCCCAGCAUGCCACCAGACCUCGGGGACACAUAUGGGCAGGAUGAGACCUACAGCAGCUCGGGCUGUCCCAAGAGCAUCAGGAAGAGAAUUGGGGCCACCGAGUUUGGGGACACUUUCCUGCCCACCAUCCCGGUGCUGCAGUGGGCACGGCACGCACAGGAGGAUGAGUACCAGCGGCUGCGCCGAUACAGGGGGGCUCACGGCUGGAAGGACAUCCGCUGGGAUGUGCUGAAGUCAUCCCUGUCCCUCCUCAACGCCUCGAGCAGCGCUCUGCUCUUUGACACCCGCCCUCUGGCCUCAAGUUGCAUCCGCUGUGCCGUGGUGGGCAAUGGGGGCAUCCUCCACGGCUCCGGCAUGGGCCCCACCAUUGAUGCUCAUGACUACGUGUUCAGGGUGAACGGGGCCAUCACGGAGGGCUUUGAGCACGAUGUUGGCAGCAGGACGUCCUUCUACGUCUUCUCCACCAACACCAUGGUGAACGCGCUGCACAGCUACGCCGCCGAUGGCUUCCGGCAUCCACCCCAAACACCGGAAACUUGCUACGUCUUCCUCCCAGACCAUGACCGUGAUUACCUGCUGCUGCGGGCGGCCCUGAGCCAGCAGCGUGUGGACAGCGGUCGGGAUGAGGGGGUCCGCCCCCAGGAAUUCUUCGGGGAGGACCUGCAGGUGGGGAAAUUUAGGAUGCUGCACCCGGAUUUCAUCCGCUACCUCAGGAACCGGCUCCCGUUCACUCCCUGCAGAUUCCUCCGUUCCCACAUCCUGGCCACCCCACUCUGGCAGCUGUACCGGCCCUCCACCGGCGCCGUGAUGCUGCUGACCGCCAUCCACACCUGUGACCAGGUUAGUGCCUUUGGGUUCAUGACACCGGGCUACCGGGCGUACUCAGAUCACUACUUCGACCGUGGGCACAAGGAGGUGCAGUUCUUCAUCAACCAUGACCUGAGGAUGGAGAUGCAGCUGUGGCAGCGACUGCAGAGCAGCGGGAUCCUGUGGCUCUACACCGGCUCAGAGGGGACGUGAUGCUGUCGGGGGGCUGGGUGUGCUGCUGGGACCUGUGAGUGAGGAGCUGAGACUCGAGCAGAGUUUGUGAUGAGUUUUGCCAGGCCCUGCACAGCUCUGCUGUGGGGUAAAAUUAAUGAAUCACGUGAAUCUGAGUGCGGGAGAAAUAGGAAUUGAACCUGUCCCUGCCUGGA